AAAACCCUGUCUUUUCAGUCUCCACAAUUCUCAUGGACGUUUGCACGUAAUUGCAUAAUUUCCCGCUGGCAAUUCGCUUUUCGCUCCAUCUUUGUCGUUCGCGAGCUGUGAAUGAGAAACAGCCUCGCUUAAUCUGGAGCUUCAAUUCGUUUCAUUUUUUACCCCUCGCUCCUCUCAUAAAACUUUAAACCUCCCUCCUCUCUCUUCCAAAACCCUAAGAAAAUUUUCUAGAUCACCCAACCUCUUCUCUUUCAAUCGUCAUAUUUUACACACUCGUUGUUGUUGCUUCAGUCAUGGCUGCAUUUCCCAGAGACCGAGCGCUCUCUCUUCUAGCCGCUGCCAACAAUCAUGGCGACUUAGCUGUCAAGAUUUCGUCUUUGAAACAAGCCAAGGACAUUCUUCUGUCAAUGGAGCCGUCUUUAGCCGCCGACCUUUUCUCCUACUUGGCCGGACUUCAGUCCUCCCCCGAAACCCUCGUUCGAAAAUUAUUGAUCGAGGUAAUUGAAGAGAUAGGUUUAAGAGCAGCAGAGCAUUCUCCAACACUAAUGUCUGUAUUAUUAGCAUUUUUACGAGAUAACGACACCACUGUUGUAAAGCAAUCUCUUAUUAGUGGCACAUAUAUCUUCUGCAGUGUUUUGGCCGAGAUGACGAUGCAGCAUCAACAAUAUGGUAAAGUUGAGAGGUGGUUAGAGGAGAUUUGGAUGUGGAUGCUCAAGUUCAAGGAUGCUGUAUUUGGGAUUGCUCUGGAGCCUGGUUCAGUUGGAACGAAAUUGUUAGCGCUGAAAUUUUUGGAAGCAGUAGUCUUACUUUUUUCAUCUGACAUCGGUUAUCCUGAGAAGUCACUUUUAGAAGGAGGCAGAAAAGUUUUUAAUGUCUCAUGGUUGGAGGCUAGUCAUCCUGUUCUUGAUCCGGUGAUGCUCAUGUCAGAAGCAAGUAGGACUGUUGGCAUUCUAUUAAACUUUUUGCAAUCGGCUGCUAGCCUGCCUGGUUGCUUGACAAUUACUGUUGUCAAUUGUCUUGCGGCCAUAGCAAGAAAAAGGCCACAGCACUGCAAUACCGUUCUUCCAGCAUUGCUCGAUUUUGAUCCAAAUAUUCAGAUGGUAAAAGGAUGUCAUGCUGCCAGUGUUCAGUACUCCUUAAGAACAGCAUUUUUGGGGUUUCUAAGGUGCACUUACUUACCAAUUUUAGAGUCAAGAGAAAGAUUGGUAAAGAGCCUGCGAGCUAUGAAUGCAGGGGAUGCUGCUGAGCAAGUCAUUCGGCAAGUUGACAAAUUAAUUAGAAAUGGUGAUCGCUCUAAUCGUGAUGUUCGAGCUAGCAAGGAUGAUUUCCUAUCAACUCAGACACCAGUUUCCGGGGAAUUAUCUAGAAAAAGAUCGAUGCCUACUGAUAAAGAACUGACAAAUGGUCACGAGGUCAUGUCUAAGCGAAUGCAUUCUGGCCCUGGCCCACACUCUCCUUUAUCCGUUCAAAUAAUUGAUUCUGAGCAGGAUGUUAACUCUGCAAAUGAACUAUCCUCUAAUGUUCCUGUGCUGGAUAGUGAACUAACUGCCGUGGAGCAAAUGAUUGCUAUGAUUGGUGCUUUGCUUGCUGAAGGAGAAAGAGGUGCUGAAUCUCUUGAAAUCCUUAUUUCAAAGAUCCAUCCUGAUUUGUUAGCUGAUAUUGUCAUUACUAACAUGAGGCACUUGCCUAAGACACCACCAUCAUUAACAAGGCUUGGAGAUCCAUCUACACAAGCUGAUACCCAGCGCAGUCAAUUACGAGCUGCAGCAUCUGCGUCCGUAAAUUCUGUUCAAUCCUCUGCUAUUACAGCUCAAGCUCCAUUCCCUUCAGCUACAGCCACUGCCAUGUCACUAUCUGACACCUCCAAUGUCAAUAAUCUGCCUGUUGAUUCCAAACGUGAUCCUCGCAGGGAUCCUCGUCGCCUAGAUCCUAGACGUGUAGCGGUAAAUGCUGCAGGGACAGCUGUAUCUGUUGUGGAAGAUACUGGUUCUGUGAAAUUGGAGUCUGAUGAAUCUUUAUCUUUGAGUAAGCCUGUUUCACACUCUGGUGGGGCCGCUAUUGACAAUGCUCCCGCACCUCUAACAGCCAAUAUCAAAGGUGAAGAUAUCAUCUCUGAAGGUCCGCAAGUUUUAGCACCUGAAAAACCAAUUACCAAGAUGGAGAUUCAAGAGAAGCCCCGGGAUAUCGACCAGAGUCCAGAAGAAAAUGCUUUUUCAGAUCCCUUGCACUCUGUUGCUGAUGUUAUAGAUGAGGAUCAGAGUACAGUGAAGCUGUUGGAUACCGAUGCAAAAGGGACCAAUUCAACCAUGCUGGAAUAUGAUCAGUUUUCUCCAGAUGCUACAUCUGCAUCUGCAUCAGAAGAUACCUGUCUGGAAUUACCCCAGCUUCCACCAUAUGUUGAACUGUCCAAAGAUCAUGAAAGUAACAUUAAACAUAUGGCAGUUAAGCAUCUUAUUGAGUCGUACAAGCAUUUGCAUGGGACAGAUUGCCAGCAGUUUUGCAUGCCAUUACUUGCCCGAAUGGUAGCUCAGAUUGAUGAUGAUAGAGAGUUUAUUUCGAUGCUGCAAAAACAUGUCCUGGAUGACCAGUGGCGGAAGGGCCAUGAACUUGUAUUGCAUGUUUUGUACCAUCUGCACUCCUGUGUUAUGCUGGAUUCAAUUCCAAACUCUUCCUCUGCUGCCAUUCUGUAUGAAAAUUUUCUCUUGGGGAUGGCCAAAUCUCUGUUGGAGGCUUUCCCAGCUUCGGACAAGUCUUUUAGUAGACUUCUAGGUGAAGUUCCGGUUUUGCCUGAAUCUGCGUUGAAAGUUUUGAAUGAUCUCUGCUAUUCCAGUGUUAUUGAUCGUCAUGGUAAAGUUGUCCGUGACAUUGAGCGCAUAACUCAAGGCCUUGGUGCGAUAUGGAGUUUGAUAUUGGGGCGUCCACAAUAUCGGCAGGCAUGCUUGGAUAUAGCCUUAAAGUGUGCGGUCCAUCCCCAAGAUGAGAUUCGAACAAAAGCUAUUCGGCUGGUGGCAAACAAGCUCUAUCAGCUCAGCUACAUAUCAGAAGAUGUUGAACAGUUUGCUAAACAAAUGCUUCUGUCUGCUGUGGACCAGAAAGUCUUAGAUACUGGUCUUUCUGAGUCUGGACCCAUUGAGCAAGGAGCUGAUGCAGAGAUUGGAAUUCAGGAAACACCAGAUCCAUUGCAAGUAUCAGUAUCCACCUCAUCUGAAAAUGACCCCUCUCAAAUUGCUAAACCAGUGGUUCCUGCUGUUGCAUCUGUGUCAUUUUCUGAAGCUCAACGUCUCAUUUCAUUGUUUUUUGCUUUAUGCAUAAAGAAACCCAGUCUUCUUCAGACUAUCUUUGAUGCCUAUGGCCGUGCUCCAAAAACUGUGAAACAGGCCAUUCAUCGUCACAUUCCUAUUCUUUUGAGGGCCUUAGGACAGUCAUAUUCUAAAAUUCUCCAUAUUAUGUCUGAUCCACCACAAGGAAGUGAAAAUCUUCUGACACUGGUGUUGCAAAUAUUGACUCAAGAAAUGACACCAUCUGCUGAUCUGAUAGCUACUGUUAAGCAUUUAUACGAAACUAAAUUAAGGGAUGUUUCUAUUCUUGUACCCUUGCUUCCAUCGUUGUCCACAAAUGAGGUUUUACCAAUAUUCCCUCGGCUUGUAGAUCUUCCACCGGAAAAGUUCCAAAUGGCACUAGCUCAUGUACUACAGGGCUCUGCCCAUACAGGUCCAGCGUUGACACCUGUAGAAGUGUUGGUUGCGAUCCAUGGCAUUGUUCCUGAGAAAGAUGGCAUUCCACUUAAGAAGAUAACUGAUGCUUGCACAGCCUGUUUUGAGCAACGUACUGUGUUCACACAACAGGUUUUGGCAAAAGCAUUAAACCAGAUGGUUGAUCAAACUCCAUUGCCUCUACUUUUCAUGAGAACAGUUAUUCAGGCAGUUGAUGCUUUUCCAGUACUGGUUGAUUUUGUUAUGGAGAUAUUAUCAAAACUUGUUAGUAAACAGGUGUGGCGGAUGCCAAAACUUUGGGUUGGUUUCUUAAAAUGUGUAUAUCAGACUCAGCCACGUUCUUUUCAUGUAUUAUUGCAGUUGCCGCCUCCGCAACUGGAAAGUGCUCUAACCAAACAUGCAAGUCUCAGAGGUCCUCUUGCUUCUUACGCCAGUCAACCCUCUGUAAAAUCUUCACUACCUAGAUCAACAUUAGUUGUGCUUGGUCUUGCAAAUGAAACACAAAUGCAGCAACAUCCGCCGACCUCGUUGCACCCCUCUGACACAAGUUCUUCUGUUCACGGAGCAACUUCGACAUGAUAGUCGAGAGACUGACAGGAAUUUUAUUAGUUGCCUCAGCUGAAUCAACCGUAGAGCAUAGACGAGAUUGGUCACUUUCUCAGGUUUUGCAGCGGUCCCAAGAUAAAUAAGAGCAGUGGAUACAGUGACUGAUCACUGGCACGGGGCCCUUCUUUCCAGAGUCGAGAAGGCCGUGCUACUCUGGGGACAACAAUGCCGAGAAGUUACCUCUGGAGCCCCAUUCCAGUGCUCCGGCAAUUUCGCCUAGGCUGCUCGAGGAAAUGUAUAAUUGGUAAUUUUUAUGGUUCUAUCUCAUUUCUUGUAAUAUAUUCAUUCAAUUUUGAUGCCUCCUUCCUGGAAGCCAAUGAAUGACCGGCUAGUAGCGUAUCUCGUCCAGCCGGAGUGCCGGUUAUUUUUUCCUGGUCAGUCCAUUCAUUCCUCGAAGGAUGUCGUAAUGCUGAUAAGUAGAGAACUCACCAAUGACGGCUGUCCGAUGUAUUUGUAUUUAACCCCAAACAACCCCCCCCCUGGAAAAAAAAUCCUGUUAACCCCCUCAUUCUUUUUAUGUCUGUCCUCUCACUGGGAUUUCUGCAUUUUUUUCAGUAUUAAAACUUCCUCUAAUUUUUA